UUUGGCUUCCCAUGAUGCACCGGUUUGACAGGGACGGAAGAAAAAGCAGAGUUGACUGUCUUGUGUAUUUAGAAGGUCUUAAGACUUUGGUAGCAUGUUAGAACUACAUUCUAGACAAAGACAAAAUAGUGUAUGAAGAAAUAUAUUCGUGUAAAUUGUGAACUUCAGCCUGCAACAAAUGUAUUGUACUUGUGUCACUUGGUUUAAAGCGCGUUUGUCUUAAAUUAUAUAUCGAGCAUCUUGCAGAUUUGAUAGAUUUCCUGAUGUUUUAUGGUGUCUAAUAGAUAGUAGUCAGUGACUGAAUUGUGUCUCUUUCUGUCCGCCUGCUGGGCUUGUUUUCAGUGUACUGAAAAACAGCCUGCCUCUCGAGUGCAAUGCGUUCCCUCAGUUACGUUCAGCGGGUCAGUCUGGAUUUCUCUGGCACCCUGUUCCCCCACGCAAUAUGCCUAGGAGAUGCAGACAAUGACACGCUAAACGAGCUUGUGGUGGGGGACACAAGUGGGAAGCUGUCUGUAUACAAGAACGAUGACUCCAAACCCUGGCUUACAAGAUCCUGUGUUGGAAUGGUUACCUGUGUUGGAGUAGGGGACAUUUGUAACAAAGGAAAGAACUUUGUGGUUGCAGUUGGCGCAGAGGGCUGGUUCCACCUGUUUGACCUGAGUGUUUCACCAGCCAAGUCAGAGUCCACCAACCACCAGGAGGUGCUGUUUGGGGAGGAUCAGAAGCCAUCUUUUACUCAGCACAUUCCUGCCAACACUAAGGUCAUUCUCAUCAGUGACAUUGAUGGAGAUGGGAGAAGUGAACUGGUGGUGGGAUACACUGACCGUGUGGUGCGGGCAUUCCGCUGGGAGGAUUCCCCCGACAGCUCUGACAUUGGGUCUGGACAGCUGGUCCUGCUCAAGAAGUGGCUUUUGGAAGGACAGGUGGACAGUCUGUCUGUGAACCCUGGUCCUGAAGGUGUCCCGGAGCUCAUGGUUUCUCAACCAGGUUGUGGCUACGCCAUCCUGCUUUGUACCUGGAACCGCAAAGUCCCCACCGAAACGGGAGAGGGGGCUAGUGAGACACCAAUCAGUGAAGGUGCCACUCGUGAUGUCAUUCUCCACCUGACGUCUGGUCGCAUUCACAACAAGAACGUCUCCACUCACCUGAUUGGGAGUAUCAGCAGAGGGCCCACAGACGAGUCCUCUAGAUGCGGCUUUUUUGCCCUCUGCACGUUAGAUGGCACAUUAAAGUUGAUGGACAGCUCUGAUCAGCUGCUUUGGUCGGUUCAGGUGGACCACCAGCUCUUUGCACUACAGAAGCUUGAUGUUACAGGUGACGGGCGCGAGGAGGUGGUUGCUUGUGCCUGGGAUGGACAGACUUACAUCAUCGACCAUAACCGCACAGUUGUCAGAUUUCAGUUUGAUGAGAAUGUCAAUGCAUUCUGUGCUGGUCAAUACACUUGUAAGGAUGGCAGGAACAGCCCCUGCCUAGUCUAUGUGAGCUUUAACCACAAAAUCUAUGUGUACUGGAGGGUGGAGCUGGAAAGAAUGGAGUCGACCAACCUGCUGAAGGUGCUGGAAGAGAAGGAAGAGUACAGAGAGCUGCUGGGGAAACUCCAUAUAGAUGCUGAUGACAACACUGCAGUCAGAGACUUGAUACACAACCUGCUCUAUGGGAACAAAAAGAACACCAUCUCAACCUGAAGUCGCACAAAAGUCAAGACCUCAUUUUUCUUUGUAUAUACUGCUUAUCUCAAUAAAGGUGAUUCAUUCACGUA